AUGGAACACGUUUCUUCAGAAGUUCAAGAUGCUUCUCUUCAAGAUAGAUCAACUGGUUCAGAAACCUCCAUUAGAUCUCCUUUGUGUGAUUACGCAUACACCAGAGACUCAGACUUGAGGUCCACGAUUGAAGAAAACGCUUUUCAGGCUUUGUCUGAAGGUUCCUUGAUAAAAAGACCACGUUACACAUUUUGUGUUUCUGAACCAGAUGAAGAUAAUGAUUUCUUUUCUCUGACCUUUCCCAGAAAACUUUGGAAAAUAGUUGAAAGUGACCGAUUUAAGUCAAUUUGGUGGGAUGAAAAUGGAACUUCUAUAGUGAUUAAUGAAGAACUCUUUAAGAAAGAAGUUUUGGGAAGAAAAUCUCCUUUCAGAAUAUUUGAAACUGAUAGUAUGAAAAGUUUGAUUCGACAGCUUAAUCUCUAUGGAUUCAGUAAAGUGCAACCGAAUUUUCAGAGAUCUGCUUCGCUAGCUGACUUUCUGGCAAAAGAAAAAGACAUCUCUGUUUUAAGCAAGUUACAGUUCUACCAUAAUCCAAAUUUUAGAAGAGGCUGCCCCCAACUUUUAGGAAGAAUGAAAAGAAGAAUUGGGAUUAAAAAUGCUUCUCCAGUGUCUGCUUCAUCAGUUCAAGACCUCAACAAGAAGUACUUUAUAGUAGGGGGCAAUAAUACAGACAAUCAGAAUUCUAGUUUCAUUGCUGAAACUAGUAGAGAAAGUUUAUUUUCACCCUGUACAAGUUUAAAUGUGCCUUUAACAAGGGAGCCUUUAAUCAGCCAGACAGUUGCUAACACAAUUGUCCCAAUUAGAAAUGAGUUUUCUCUUCCCUCAACAACUUCAGUUAUACCAUCGGAACAACUAGCAGAUAAAUGUGCUGUUUUAAACCAGAUGACUACUUACCAAAUGCACUCACAUAGCAGCUAUUCUCAAACAAAUGGCAGCAUUGUAAACAUUGUUACAACUACAACUUCUGCUUCUCAAUACAUCAUAUCUCACAUACAGAACAGUUAUUUUGGACUGAUUGCUGAGCUGCCUUCUUUUGCAACUGGUCAUCCCAAUUUACCAGCCAAUGAGGUUCCUUUCUGCAACCUACUACAAGCAGGCAACCCAUGGUUCCCAGUGGCUGUGAUAGCUGAUCCAUCUGCCACCUCUCUUUCAAGGUCAGCUCUUGAACCAUCUUUAUUUUACCAACACUAUCCUAAUUUCAGUUGA